CUGGCGCGGUGGAACGUCCUGACAGUUGACUUCUACCGGAGAAUGGCGGCUCCCGCCUGCACUACGUUCACUAACACUACCAACCCGCAUAAACAACACCGGAGGAAAAGUAGAGAUUCUCGGAGGAGACAGGCAGCUCUUUUAUUCCUUAGUAACAUUUCUCUAGACGGACAGCCGGUUCAACCGUUAGACCAUGGAAACCGAGACCCCCAUCAUCGACACGGCGAGUUCCCGGGAGAUGAUAUCGGAACGACAGUGGCCGGGAUGUCAACGGCAUCUAGUAGUAGCUAUGGGAACUUCGGUAACCUACCGACGUCUGUGAGCUGUGGGGCAGUUGGGAACGUUAGCCCCGUACCGAGACUCGGGGUGAUCACUGUCCCGCCCAUCCUCGUUCUGCCUUCGGACUCGUUCAAUGAUGGGACCACGGAGUUAUUUCUGGAGAGGCGAGGAGGGUCGUUUUCAUCGCAGGGAAACCUCCUCUCUCCGUCGGGUCUCCAUCCUACUCCCCUCCGACCGCGGAAAUCGUCCACAGUGCUGUCGGUCCAGAGUUCUUGUUCGGCGAUUUCUGAAUCUGGAAGGUGUCGGACUCGUAACCUGUCGGGCUCUCCCAGACCUCGCCCUGCGAAGAAGGUCCACUUCAUCAAGAACAUGAGACAGUACGACACGCGGGGCAGCAGGAUCGUGUUGAUCUGUGCCAAGCGUUCUCUGUUUGCGGUGUUCUCAGUGUUGCCGUAUGGAGACAACGUUCACAUCAGUGACCUCAAAUUGGACAGACGUAGACAUUCAUCCGGGAACAUCUCCACCACUCUGGAGAUGCUGCCAGGUCUGGAAGGGUUUGAACUGGAACCCUACGACAAGACGGUAUCGUACGCCCAGUUCCUCUUCCCGACCAAUGCUCUGGUCCGCCAGAAGACCGCCUCGGUGGACAUCACCCUGCAGGUGCCCCUCACCCUGCAGGUGCCCCUCACCCUGCAGGUGCCCCUCACCCAGGUGACCCGGAACAGCAUCCCCCGAAACUACACCCCGACUAGGCUGAGCUCCAACGUGGGACUGGAUUUAGGUGUAGAUGCCUUUGGAGACUAUGAUCCCAACCUUCUGAGUGACCCCCAGUGGCCCUGUGGGAAACACAAGAGAGUGCUGAUCUUCGCCUCAUACAUGACGACAGUGAUAGAGUACGUGAAGCCGUCUGAUCUGAAGAAGGACAUGAGCGAGACUUUUAAAGAGAAGUUUCCCCAAGUCAAGCUGACUCUCAGCAAGAUCAGGAGUCUGAAAAGGGAGAUACGUACGGUGGGUGAUGACUGCGGACUGCAGCCGGUCACCGUGGCGAUGGCGUUUGUUUACUUUGAGAAGCUGGUCCUCCAGGGACGACUCAACAAACGCAACAGGAAGUUGGUGUCUGCCGCCUGCGUGCUCCUCGCUGCUAAGAUCAGCAGCGACCUCAAGAAGCAGGACGUCACGCAGCUCAUAGAUAAACUGGAGGAGUGUUUCCGUAUCAGUCGGCGAGAGUUGAUCCCGUUUGAGUUCACUAUCCUUGUUGCCCUGGAGAUGGCUCUGUACCUGCCUGAGAGCACCAUCAUGCCACACUACCGACGCCUGGUGCAGCAGAACUAGGACCACG